GGCAUCGUCGGACUGAACGUGAACUUUAGGAGUCACUCUGAAGAUGCCGCCGUCAUCGGGAGAGCUAUGGGGCUACCCCAUCAUGCCCAACACCAUAGUGGUGGACUGUCUACUCCCGACAGGCAUCAUUAUCCCCCUCACAUGUUCCAGAGACGCCACGUUGGAGAGCAUCAAGGAGGACCUCUGGGAGAAUGCUCAGAAGUACCCACUGUACAAAUAUUUGGGUGAGCCGUCAUCUUACAUAUUCAUGUCCAUCACCCGCGAAGGAGACAAGGAGGAAUUCUACGACGAAUACCGUCGGCUGUGCGACCUGCACCUCUUCCAACCCAUCCUGAAGGUCGUUGAGCCCAAGGGCAACACAGAAGAGAAGAAGCUCAACUCUGAAAUUCGCUUGGCGGUCGGAGGCUGCGCUCACGAGUUCGAUAACAUGAAGGACUCGGAAGUCAUCGACUUCCGACGGAACAUCUUGAGCGUGUGCAAAGACGCUGUCGACACGAGGAACACGGGAAGCGAAGAGUGUCGGGCCUCGUACGUCUACCCGCCUGAGAUUGAAAGCUCAGAAGAACUGCCAGCCAACUUGGAAAAGAAACUGGACAAAGGGCUGGUGAUGGUGUGUGUGUGGGGACUGUCGGACACUGGGGAGAAGCAGAAGCACACGCUCGAGGUGCACAAGGACACGGUGCCCGAGGCCGUGAUCCGCGAGGCCAUCCUCAAGAAGCUUAAGCGCUCGCGGCUGUCGCGCGAGGAGCAGGUCGCCCUGGCUCAGGAGCAUCAGCACAACUACCUGCUCAAAGUGUGCGGGGUCAACCAGUAUCUGCUCAAGUCAUACCCGCUGUGUCGAUACAAGUACAUUCGAACAUGCAUAGCCAAAGGAGAGAUACCGCAGCUAAUGCUGAUGCUGAAGGACGCUGUAUAUAAAGCCAUCCCGCCUUCAAAUUACAUCACCCCGUCAUAUGUUCGGCGCAACCCGUCCAUAUCAGCAACGCAACCCACUGUCUCCCUGUACAAAGUGGACGAGUCAUUCCGUGUGAAGAUCCUCGGAGCCUCGUACGUUAACGUCAAGGACGUUGACAAGAUAUACGUUCGUGUUGGCAUCUACCAUGGCACAGAGGCCCUGUGCCCCUUCCGAGACACCGAGCAUGUGUCCCACUCGAACCCGAAAUGGGAUGAACUGCUAGAAUUUCAGAUGUACAUUCCGGACAUUCCUCGCUCAGCGAGACUGUGUGUCUCUAUAUGUGCUGUUUCUCAGCGCAAGAAACGAGAGGAGCGCUGUGCCAUCGCGUGGGGCAACGUGAGCCUGUUCGACUACAAGAGCGUGCUGCUGAGUGGCCGGGUCAACCUGCACCUGUGGCCCGUGCCCAAGGGCAUGGACGAGCUGCUCAAUCCUCUGGGCAGCACGGGCUCCAACCCCAACCGUGAGGCUCCCUGCCUCGUCAUUGAGCUGGACCGCUUUUCGGGCCAGGUGGUCUUCCCCACCAUGGAACAGAUCGAGGAGUAUGCCUCCUUCGUCUCACCCCUAGAGUCCAUGGGAGAGGAGAGUCCAGAGAAUUGGACUGAAAACGACAAGGAUCAAAUCCAUGAGAUCAUCAAACGGGACCCGCUCUCCGAGAUCCUGGAGCAGGAGAAGAUGCUUCUGUGGCGGAUGCGCUACUACUGUUACACUGUGCCCAAUUCGCUGCCUAAGCUGCUGGAUGCCAGCAAGUGGAACUGCCGUGAUCAUGUUGCGCAGUUGUACCGGCUCCUGAAAAAGUGGAAACGGGUGUCUCCCGAAACUGCACUCGAACUGCUGGACUGCAAAUACGCGGACAUGUUUGUCCGCAAGUAUGCUGUCGAGUGGCUGGACGGCCUUUCGGACGAGCUGCUGUCCCAGUACCUUCUUCAACUCGUGCAGGUGUUGAAGUACGAGCCAUACCUCGAAAAUGACCUCGGCAAGUUUCUCAUCAGGCGUUCCCUGCUUAACUACAACAUUGGCCACUUCUUGUUCUGGCAUUUGAAGUCUGAAAUGCACGACCCUUCAGUAGCUAUCCGGUUUGGCCUGUUGCUUGAAGGUUUCUGUCGAGGUAUUGGCACCCACCUGAAGUCAGUGGUGCGCCAGGUCGGUGCACUGGAGAAGCUCACGCAGCUCACUGACUCACUCAAGGAGAGAAAGGACGACACGCCGAAGGAACGGCUCAAGUUUCUCAUAGAGCAGUUCUCAAAGCCGGACUUCCUGGAAGCAUUGCAGAAUUUUCCAUCACCUCUGAACAACAGCUGCAUCUUGGGUGAUUUGAUUGUAAACGAGUGCAGAAUACUUGACUCUGCCAAGAAACCUCUGUGGUUGCUGUGGAAGAACCCUGACCACCUGGCAGAACAGAUUCUAGACCACCAUGAGAUCAUCUUCAAGAAUGGCGAUGGUGAGUUUUCGACAGAGACCGCGGCAACAGACAUGCUGACGUUGCAAGUCAUUCGCAUCAUGGGACAGCAUUCUGGCAGAAGGAGGGACCUUGACCUGAGGAUGAUGCCAUACGCGUGUUUGUCGACUGGCAAGCAUGUCGGCAUGAUAGAGGUGGUGCGCAACGCCAAGACAGUCAUGAACAUCCAGAAGAAAGGGGGUCGCAUGGCUGCCUUCCAGGUGGACUCGACGCAACUCCACAAGUGGAUCAGGGACAAGAACAAAGGGGAUCGGUACAAGCAGGCAAUUGAGACCUUCACCCUGUCAUGUGCCGGCUACUGUGUGGCCACCUUCAUCCUUGGAAUUGGGGACAGAAACCCUGACAAUAUCAUGGUCAAUGAAGAAGGCCAGAUCUUCCACAUCGACUUUGGCCACUUCCUCGGCCACUUCAAGAAAAAGUUUGGCAUCAACCGUGAGCGCGUGCCCUUUGUGCUGACGGAGGACUUUCUGCACGUCAUCGCAAGGGGCCAGGAGAACCCACGGAAGAGCAAGGAAUUUCAGAGGUGGGCUGCGGCUGCAUUUUCUGACAAUAUUUAG